AUGCUAAAAAUUCUCAUCCCCACACUAAUGCUCAUCCCAACAACCUGACUUACCCCUGCUAAAUGACUCUGACCCACCACCCUUAUGCAUAGCCUACUAAUCGCCCUAGCCAGCCUUAGCUGACUAAAAAGCCUAUCAGAAACAGGCUGAACUUCCCUUAACCUGUACAUAGCAACAGACCCCCUCUCAACCCCCCUCCUAGUGCUCACAUGCUGGCUACUCCCCUUAAUAAUCCUUGCAAGCCAAAACCACACAACCUCUGAGCCUAUUAAUCGCCAGCGAAUAUAUAUUACCCUCUUAACAUCCCUGCAAAUCUUCUUAAUCCUGGCUUUUGGCGCCACCGAAAUAAUCAUGUUCUACGUAAUGUUUGAAGCUACUUUAAUUCCGACCCUCUUCCUCAUUACCCGCUGGGGUAAUCAAGCAGAACGACUUAACGCAGGCACUUAUUUUCUAUUCUACACCCUGGCCGGCUCUCUUCCUCUACUUGUCGCCCUCCUUCUUCUCCAAAAUAGUACCGGGACCCUUUCUCUCCUAACCCUACAAUUAUCAGGCCCCACCAUACUAAUUUCCUUUGCAGAUAAGCUCUGAUGGGCGGGCUGUCUCCUGGCAUUUCUAGUUAAAAUACCACUCUAUGGCGUUCACCUCUGACUUCCUAAAGCCCACGUUGAAGCCCCAAUCGCUGGCUCAAUAAUCCUUGCUGCCGUCCUCCUAAAACUAGGGGGCUAUGGCAUGAUGCGAAUCCUGCCCAUACUAGAACCCCUAACCAAAGAAUUAAGCUAUCCCUUCAUCAUUUUUGCACUCUGAGGCGUAAUUAUAACCGGCUCAAUUUGCUUACGCCAAACAGACCUAAAAUCCCUUAUCGCCUACUCAUCCGUGGGCCACAUGGGCCUAGUAGUGGGCGGAAUCCUCAUCCAAACACCCUGAGGUCUCACAGGGGCCCUAAUCCUUAUGAUCGCCCACGGACUCACCUCCUCCGCCCUAUUCUGCCUAGCUAACACAAAUUAUGAGCGAACCCACAGCCGAACAAUAGCCCUCGCCCGAGGCCUUCAAAUAGCCCUUCCCCUAAUAGCCGCCUGAUGAUUUAUUGCCAGUCUCGCCAACUUAGCCCUACCCCCACUCCCCAACCUUAUGGCAGAAUUAAUGAUUAUUACCUCACUAUUCAACUGAUCUUGAUGAACCCUUGCCCUGACAGGAACCGGCACCCUAAUUACAGCGGGGUAUUCCCUCUACAUGUUCUUAAUGACUCAACGGGGCCCCCUCCCCGCACAUAUUAUAGCCCUCGAACCCUCCCACUCUCGAGAACAUCUUUUAGCAGCCCUCCACUUACUCCCCCUCAUCCUUCUAAUCCUUAAGCCUGAACUAAUCUGAGGCUGAACUGCUU